CUUUCUCGAACCUCCCUCCCCCGCUAGGCCUCAGUCUCUCAGCCCGGGGUGGGGUUUGAAAAGGGUGGAAUUCCUCCGUCUCUAACGCUCUCAGCCUGGCCCUCUUCUCCCAUUCCACUCCCCCCUCCCCGCCUCGCCAUCUCAGUCUCCCCAGCCCCCAUUCCACGUGGACCGGCCAGGGCGGGGGUGGGGAAGGAGGACAGGAAGGGGGGGAGCCAGCUCUGGGAGGAGGGGUAGUGAAGGAGGUUGGCGGCCGCGACUCUCUCCCUCACUGCCGGCGGUCCCAGCUCCAGGCACCAUGUUCCGCACCGGGCCCCCCAACCACACCCUCCUCCGGCCCCCGCUACUGCAGAUACUGCUGCUGCUGCUGGUUCAGGCGGUGGGGAGGGGGCUGGGCCGCGCCAGUCCGGCCGGGGGCCCCCUGGAAGACGUGGUCAUCGAGAGGUACCACAUCCCCAGGGCCUGUCCCAGGGAAGUGCAGAUGGGAGAUUUUGUGCGCUACCACUAUAACGGCACUUUUGAGGAUGGCAAGAAGUUUGACUCGAGCUAUGACCGCAGCACUUCGGUGGCCAUCGUGGUGGGCGUGGGGCGCCUUAUCACUGGCAUGGAUCGAGGCCUCAUGGGCAUGUGUGUCAACGAGCGGCGACGCCUCAUUGUGCCUCCCCACCUGGGCUACGGCAGCAUCGGUGUGGCGGGGCUCAUUCCCCCGGAUGCCACCCUCUACUUCGAUGUGGUUCUGCUGGAUGUGUGGAACCAGGCAGACACCGUGCAGGUGAGCACCUUGCUGCGCCCACCCCACUGCCCCCGCAUGGUCCAGGAAAGCGACUUUGUCCGCUACCACUACAAUGGCACACUGCUGGAUGGCACCGCCUUUGACACCAGCUACAGUAGGGGCGGCACUUAUGACACCUACGUUGGCUCGGGCUGGCUGAUCAAGGGCAUGGACCAGGGGCUGCUGGGCAUGUGUCCCGGAGAGAGAAGGAAGAUCAUCAUCCCUCCUUUCCUGGCCUAUGGCGAGAAGGGCUAUGGGACUGUGAUCCCCCCACAGGCCUCCCUGGUCUUCCACGUCCUACUGAUCGACGUCCACAACCCGAAGGACACCGUCCAGCUGGAGACACUGGAUUUACCACCUGGCUGUGUCAGGAGAGCCAUGGCCGGGGACUUCAUGCGUUACCACUAUAAUGGCUCACUGAUGGAUGGCUCCCUCUUUGAUUCCAGCUACUCCCGCAACCACACGUACAAUACCUACGUGGGACAGGGUUACAUCAUCCCCGGGAUGGACCAGGGGUUGCAGGGCUCGUGCAUGGGGGAGCGCCGGAGGAUCACCAUCCCCCCGCACCUCGCCUACGGGGAGAAUGGGACUGGAGACAAGAUCCCUGGCUCGGCUGUGCUGGUCUUCGAUGUCCACGUCAUCGAUUUCCACAACCCUGCAGAUCCAGUGGAAAUUAAGACACUGUCCCGGCCCCCCGAGAUCUGCAACGAGACCUCCAAGGCUGGGGACUUUGUUCGCUACCACUACAACUGCUCUCUGCUGGAUGGCACCAAGCUUUUCUCCUCGCAUGACUACGGGGCCCCCCAGGAGGCGACUCUGGGGGCCAACAAGGUGAUCGAAGGCCUGGACAGGGGCCUGCAGGGCAUGUGUGCGGGAGAGAGGCGGCAACUUGUGGUGCCCCCACACCUGGCACACGGGGAGAGCGGAGCCCGGGGCGUCCCUGGCAGUGCUGUGCUGCUAUUUGAGGUGGAGCUGGUUUCCCGGGAAGAGGGGCUGCCCGAAGGUUACCUGUUUGUGUGGCAUGAGGACCCUCCUGCCAACCUGUUUGAGGACUUGGACCUCAACAAGGACGGCGAGGUCCCCCAAGAGGAGUUCUCCACCUUCAUCAAGGCUCAAGUUACUGAGGGCAAAGGACGCCUCAUGCCAGGGCAGGACCCGGAGAAAACCAUAGGGGACAUGUUCCAGAACCAGGACCGCAACCAAGAUGGCAAAAUCACCUUGGAGGAACUCAAGCUGAAGUCGGAUGAGGACCAAGAACGGGUCCAUGAGGAGCUCUAAGGGCGGGGCCUGGGCCCAAACUGCAAAGUCCCACUUUUGGGGGGACAGUGGGCAGUGGGGCUGACUUCCAGCAGUCACCCUCCCCUCUGCUGGGCUGAGGUCUGAGAGCAUCUAAAGUGGUCAGAGGAGACAACUCUGGUCUUCCCACCAGCCCAAGAGUAAAAUCCACAGCACAGACCUCUACUUGGUUUUUCCCUCCCAACCCCACACUUCUUUACAAGUUUUGGAGUUACAGAGCCAAUCUGGGGAUUGGUGAAGUCUGGGGUUGGAUGGGGGGCCAUUGCUGGCUCCUGACCUACACCUCCACAUCACCAGACACUGAACAAGGUCAAGCUCAUCAUUUAUUUCCCCAAACUUCCCCUCUGUUUGUACUUUACCUCACAUCCCCACCUCCAGCCCCUCUUCCUGUCAUGACACCUCCCCGGAAGCAUGCACCAGGGCUGGCAGGACCCCCAGCCUUCCUCCCUCAGCUCUGCCCGGCGCCAAGGGAAGGGGGCUGCCCCAGGAGGGGAGCCUUACCUCACCGUCCCAGACACCUGUCCCAUUCCCCCUCACUGCUGGGGUGCCCCAGGUCAGGGCUGGGCUGUGUGUCUGUCACCUUUCAUCCCUAAAGAAGGCUGCCUUCUCUAAGGGGCUGAGCAAGAGGAGGAAAAUGAAAAGGUGGGGUGAAUAAAACUACUUAGAUGGGUCUUAGGGCUAUAAAAUGAAAUCUUUGGUUUGGGGCUGAGAUAAACUAGGAAGGGCUCAUUGGGGACUAAGGGGGGAGGGGCAGGCCGAGCUCUGCACACUCAAGAGGCUAAACUGGUGUCAGAUCUCUUUCUCUCCUUUGUGCCAAAUAAAAGACUUAAACCAGAA